CACUUGCCGACACCCUUAACCGCGCAGCGCCGGAAGCGACGCCGGCAUUCCUCCUCCCCGCACAAAUGUUCCCCGUGGCGCUGUUCCGAGCUUCGCUGGACUCCAACAAGAGCCUCUGUGGAUUCAUGCUGACCGACGAACCACAGCGUCGUAGUUGGAAAGAAAGCAUGUUCUUCGUUAUGUCUCCAGCCGACUGCGAAUGCCGGUGUGGCUCUCCGUCAUCCACUGCCAGGCCCGCUUCUCCCCAGAGCCUUUGUCUAUAUAUCAGUCCUCAGCCCAACGUCCUGAGAUGAUGUCCUUCUACUCUUACUAUCAGUUUUUUCCUGGAUUUUGUGUGUCAUAUAGCUGGGAGGAAAGCUACUAUUCUAUCAAAUUUUCUCUUUUGAUUUUUUCUUGGCUCCUGAUUGAUCUACUUCCCCACAGUUCCUAUAUCCCGGAUACACCGAGUAUAUCAUACGAUUGCUGCGAAUCGUACCACUCCAACCAUGACCGAAACCCAGGAAAAGUAUGAUAUCGUGAUCGUGGGCGCUGGCCCCGUGGGUAUCCUGCUGUCGCUUUGCAUGUCGCGAUGGGGAUACAAGGUUAAGCACAUCGACAACCGCCCCGUGCCGACGGCUACUGGUCGCGCCGACGGUAUUCAGCCCCGGUCGGUCGAAAUCCUUCGCAACUUGGGCAUCAAGCGCAAGAUUAUGGCCUACAACCCCGCCAAGGUCUACGAUGUCGCUUUCUGGGAUCCUUUGCCCAAUGAGCAGGGUAUCAACCGCACCGGCAGCUGGCCCAGUUGCCCUCGUUUCAUCGACACCCGCUACCCCUUCACGGCUCUUGUCCACCAGGGCAAGAUCGAGCGUGCUUUCUUGGGGGAGAUUGAGAAGGCUGGAACCACCGUCGAGCGGCCUUGGACGAUCUUCGGUUUCAAGAACGAUGGUGCCGACGAGACCUACCCCGUUGAGGUGCAGCUCAAGUCACUGGACACCAACGUGAUCCAGAACAUCCGUACCAAGUACCUCUUCAGUGGUGAGGGUGCUCGCAGUUUUGUUCGGGAGCAGCUUGGAAUCAAGAUCCACCACAAGGACCCCAUUUCGUACGUCUGGGGUGUGAUGGACGGUGUUGUGCGCACCAACUUCCCCGACAUUGAGACAAAAUGUACAAUCCACUCCGAUGCCGGGUCUAUCAUGGUUAUCCCCCGUGAAGACAACAUGGUCCGUCUCUACGUUCAGAUCGCCUCGUCGACAGACCCCGACUGGCACCCCCGGAAGACGGCAUCCGCCGAGGAAGUCCAGGCUACCGCAAAAAAGAUUCUCAAGCCAUACUGGGUGGAAUGGGACCGUGUCGAAUGGUACUCGGUCUACCCGAUCGGUCAGGGUAUCUCCGAGAAGUACACCUUGGAUGAGCGUGUCUUCAUGGGUGGUGAUGCCUGCCACACCCACAGCCCCAAAGCUGGUCAGGGUAUGAACACUGCCUUCCACGACGCACUGAACAUGGCUUGGAAGAUCCACGCCGUGGAGUCGGGAUUCGCCAACCGCUCGAUUCUGAGUACCUACGAAAGCGAACGCAAAGACAUUGCCGAGAUGCUGUUGGACUUCGACGCCAGGUAUGCUGCCUUGUUCUCCAAGCGCCGUCCUACUGCCGGUGAGGUUGGUGAGGCCAGCCACACCUCCGUCAAGGCUGGCGGUGAGGAAGACGAAUUCGUCAAGACCUUCAAGUCGUCGUGCGAGUUCACCAGUGGGUAUGGUGUCGCCUACAAGCCCAACGUUUUCAACUGGGAUGCCAGCCACCCCGCUCAGUCUCCUCUGUUCAACUACCCUGGCGUGCGGUUGACCCCUGGUCGCGCAUUCACUCCGUCGACCGUUACCCGCCUGGCAGACGCCAACUUCGUCGCCUUGGAGCAAGAGGUUCCCGCCAACGGAGCCUUCCGGAUCUUCGUCUUCGCUGGUCUCCAGGACAAGACCAAGCAGGCGAUUGCAGACUUCGCUGCCAACCUGGAGAAGGACCGGUCGUUCCUCUCCGCCUACCGGAGGCCGGACAUCAAGGACGUGUCUUUCUUCGAGCGUCACUUCCCGCACUCGACGAACUUUACUCUGAACGUGGUCUACGCUGCGCAGAAGAACCAAGUCGACGUGAACUCUAUUCCGCAGAUCCUCCGGGAUUACCACCACCACCUCUACGCCGAUGACAUUCCCGACAUCCGCGUUCCUCAGGCUAAGUACGCCGCCCACGAGAAGCUCGGCUUCGAUCCUGAGAAGGGCGGUGUUGUCGUCACUCGUCCUGACAGCCACGUUGCCUGUGUUGUGCAACUGGUUGAGGGCAGUGGCACUGUCGAUGCACUGAACGCUUACUUUGGUGCAUUCUCGUCUAAGCCAUUGGGCCAGGAUCAGCAGCAGAGCCGGCUAUAGAGGCUAUGAGUGAUUAUGCGAUUUCCUUGCUUUUUUGUAAUCUAGGGGCUGAGCUCCGUUUGUCUCCGUUUGUCUGAUGUGAUGUAUUUUUCUUUUUUCAGGCGUAUAGCCUUGGCAUGAUUGGCGUUGUAUAUACCUCGUACAUGAAUAGCAUAUUAUUAGUACAGAGAC